AUGCUUUUCCCCUUAAUUUUCUAUUUAUUCUUGUUACGAUCGGAAGCCAAAAUUCAUAAUCACGAUGUUUAUUGGAACUCUUCAAAUCCUUUAUUUGAACCGUUCGACAAUGUUAUCGAUUCACCUGGAUAUUACGAAAUAUCGGCUCAUCCCGGUGACCAAAUUAGAUUUCAUUGCCCACCACCUGGCGAUAACAUGGAAUAUACCAUCAUAUAUCAGGUUCCCUACGAUGACUUCUUACAUUGUGUAUUGAGCAGUUCAGCUAAACCAGUAGCUCAUUGUAAGAAAUCGGGGCAUCGCGUAACGCAUCAUACAUUACGAAGAACAUUCUAUGAUUCAUCUAAUUUUUAUAUUACUACUUCCUCUGGUCAAUUGAAUGGCAUGAACAAUCGAAGACUUGGCUUAUGUCUCGAAAAAAAUAUGCGAUUGGCGGUCUCUUUUGGUCGCCUACAAAUGAAACCUUUCGAAGAAGGAUUAUAUGGAAUUGAAUUGGAUGAAAAACGAAUGAGAAAUCAAAAUUUGUAUCUGGUUGAAGAGAAUGGGUCUCUGAGUUGGAAGAAGAAUGUUCAUCCUGCUAUUGAGAGAGAAUUAGAUUUGGAAAUGAUCGAAAAACAGAGAACGUUCGAAAGUAGUGGGUUGAUUGAACCUAUACCUUUCACUGAUGAUUUCGUAAACAAACUUGAGGAAUAUAGGCGACGACAUGAGUUAAACAUUGCACGCCCUUCUGGAAUACGAAAGUCUCAGGAAGAAAUGGAAGAUCCGAACGGAGCUGGUAUUUUGACAGCAGGGUUAGCCAUCUUCAUAUAUUCAGCAGCUCUGUUGAUCUUGUAA